AUGAACGCCACAAGCGACUCCGGCGGCUUCCUCGGCUCCAACAACAUUGGUCGUUUCGGUUAUGCCAUUGGUGUAUCAGUUGGCAUCCUCUUCCUCAUAACAACCAUCACCCUUGCCUCCUACUUUUGCACCGGAACUCAUCAGCCCGCUGUCCCGCCCAGACUCAGGAUCGCUCAAGACACCCUUGAUCCACCCGUUUCGCAAAACUUUGUUGUGGACAUAGGACUCGAUGACAACACGAUUGAGAGCUACCAAAAAAUGCUCUACUCCGAGGCCAAGCUCCAAAAGAAAGACUCCACUUCCUCCUGCUGCUCCAUAUGUCUUGCGGAUUACAAGGGCAACGACACGCUGCGGCUGCUGCCAGAUUGUAGACACGUCUUCCACCUUAAGUGCGUUGAUCCGUGGCUGCGGUUGCACCCUACAUGUCCAGUCUGCAGAACGUCUCCACUCCCAACGCCCUUGUCAACUCCUCUAGCAGAGGUGGUACCACUGGCUAGCAGGCAAGACUGA